GGACGGCCGACACGAGCUUCCCAGCGAGCCCAUUUUCCAUUUUCGGUUCUUUGCCAAGGCAUCCCACGCCGCUCCUGCAUGGCACGGCAGGUGUGAGACAUGCACGGAGAGAGAAGGCAUCAGUCGUUCGAGAAAGUGCCCUGCCUCUCAGCUGUUGCAGUUUUCUGGUUCCACCUGGCAGUGCAAGAUUCCGGGUUUUAAACCAUCGGUCCGCGCCGCUGGAAUCACGCUUUCCCGAUCUCUUCUCUGUUCUUUUUUUGCCGAGUAUCAUUUCCACCCCUCCGCACGCCACUAAAACAAGCGUGAAGGCUCAACCCGCUUACCUACUUGGAUCGCAUCAUACAUCCUCGUUCCGGCCCAACCCACACACUUGACCCGCUAACCCGUAACCGACUUCAACAUGGACGGCCACGAUCACGGCGGAAUGACCAUGGUGACAGCAACAACCUCAACCGCCGGUGCCGCUGCCACAGGCGCGAGCCACAGUAUGGGCGGCAUGGGGAGCGGAAACGGUUGCAAGAUAUCCAUGCUUUGGAACUGGAACACCAUCGACUCAUGCUUCCUCGCCUCAUCAUGGAAAAUCACGUCUAAUGGAGUCUUUGCGGGGUCCUGCAUUGGCGUUGUCCUGCUCGUCAUGUCGCUCGAAAUGCUGCGCCGCGCCGUCAAGGAAUACGAUCGCUUCCUCAUCAACAAGCACCUCAAGUCACUGCCUGCCGCCGCAAGGUCAUCAAAGGCCGGAUCUGAUGACGGGAGUCCGGCCCCCAACUGUGCCCCCGCCGUUGGCAAGGGCUACCGCCCGACCAUUUUCGAACAGGCCAUUCGUGCCCUGCUGCAUAUGGUGCAGUUUGCCGUUGCUUACUUCGUCAUGUUGCUUGCCAUGUACUACAACGGCUACAUCAUCAUUUGCAUCUUCCUCGGUGCCUAUAUCGGCAGCUUCAUUUUCCACUGGGAGCCUCUUGGCGGUGGACAGCAAACCAGCGCGUCAAAGGAGGCCACCGUGUGUUGCGGCUGAGUCGCAUGGUCGGAGUUUCUCUUAAUACAGCGUUUCGGUCAGGGCUUAAAUCCUUCUGGUUCACCAUGCGGCGGUCCAGCCAGGUCGAACCGGGUUGCUCCAUGGACAGUAUCCAUCGCGGCGCUGGUUUUGUUUAGAACCUAUAUCUAAUUCUCGCUACAUCUCACCGUGGUUAAUAUCACCCUGAACAAUUGGCCGUCUCCCAAGUCAUCGUUGUGCCGAUCCGUCCUGUCCCCUUCGUGCACGGCGAAAAGUGACAUUCCCCAUCCACGACAUAACCAUCCCCCCCCCUACCCCUACCCUCAACGCGAGCCAGGCACCAGGAUUCC